AUGUGAUUUCUUGCAGUAAUAAAGGCGUGUGCAGCGCGGUCCACAAACUCAAGCGUCAACAAUGGGCCGGGCAGGAGCAGCCUCCACUUUCUUGUUUCUACUCGCCGUUGUCGCCAGUAAAGGGCUCCCCAGUCCGCUGAGAGGCAAAGAAACCUGGAGCUAUGUGGAAGUGAGGGAUGGGGCCCAUAUGUUCUGGUGGCUGUACUAUGCCGACAGCCAGUCUGCAGAGUACAAGGACCUGCCUCUGGUCAUGUGGCUGCAGGGGGGACCAGGAGGAUCAGGAACUGGCUUUGGGAAUUUUGAGGAAAUUGGACCUUUGGACAGGAACCUAGAGCCCAGAAAAACAAGCUGGGUCCAGGCAGCCAGCGUGUUAUUCGUGGACAACCCUGUGGGCACUGGCUUCAGCUACACUGACAGCCCAAAGGGCUAUGCUACCGAUGUGGCCACGGUGGCCUCAGAUAUGCUGGUGCUGCUCAAACAGUUCUUUACAGAGAGGGCUGAGUUCCAGAGCAUCCCCUUCUACAUCUUCUCUGAGUCCUAUGGAGGGAAGAUGGCAGCUGCCAUCUCCUUGGAACUUACUAAGGCUGUUGCACAAGGGACAGUGAAAUGUAAUUUUGCUGGUGUGGCACUUGGGGACUCGUGGAUUUCCCCACUGGACUCUGUCAUGACCUGGGGGCCGUACCUCUACACUACCUCGCUGCUGGAUGACAACGGCCUGGCUGAAGUCAGCAGAGCAGCGGAGGACGUGAAGAAGGCUGUGGAGCAGCAGGAGUUUCGGAAAGCCACUGAGCUGUGGUCUGUGGCUGAGACUGUGGUGGAGCAGAACACUAAUGGAGUCAACUUCUACAACAUCCUCACCCAGGAGCCGGAUGACGCACUCACUCACUCCUCUUCUGCAGGAGAGAACUUUAUCUCUCUGCAGACACGUCGCCAUAUUCGACCCCUCCAUGGCCAAUCACUGGGCGAGCUGAUGAAUGGACCAAUCAGGAAGAAACUGGGCAUCAUCCCCCAGAAUGUCACCUGGGGAGGCCAGGCAGAGGAAGUGUUCAGUUAUAUGGCAGGAGACUUUAUGAGGCCAGUGGUGGAUAUAGUCGACCAGCUGCUGAGCGCUGGAGUCAACGUCACAGUCUACAAUGGCCAGCUGGAUCUCAUAGUGGACACCAUGGGUCAGGAGCUGUGGGUGAAGCAGCUGAAGUGGGACGGGCUACCUGGAUUUAACAAUCUGAAGUGGACCGCCCUGGAUGACCCCACCUCCCCAGGCAUUACUGGAGCUUUCUGCAAGACUUAUAAGAACUUUGCCUUCUACUGGAUCCUCAAAGCUGGUCACAUGAUUCCCUCAGACCAGGGACCUAUGGCCUUGAAGAUGUUGGAGAUGAUCACCCAGCAGGACUGAUCCACCCACUCUGCCAGCUGGAAUGGCUGCGACAAUCACAAGAACCACAUGACCUUUUCUUUUUAAUAGUCCACUUUCUGCUGAACCAAAUCAAGAAACAGUAAUAACCUGUGUAAAUUUUAGCCAUAACAAUAAAGACAUUUGGCUCUUUUGUAAA